AUGGCUUCCAAGCUUCAGCUCCUGUCCUUCAUUGCCACCAGAGUUGUUAUUGCUUCACUCUUCCACCCUUGUGCAUCCAUUGAGAUCCACCAUGAGCUCUCCGGCUGGUCCGAUGGCAUCGCUACUUGGUAUGGUGACGCCAAUGGCGCGGGAAGUGAAGGUGGCGCUUGCGGGUACCAGUAUGCUGUCGACCAGCCGCCGUUCUCAUCCAUGAUUGCCGCUGGCGGCCCUGUCAUAUACGACUCUGGCGAUGGCUGUGGCGCGUGCUACCGGGUGGUCUGCGGUGGCAAUCAAGCUUGCUCUGGUAUUCCGGUGACCGUCGUCAUCACAGACCAGGGCCCUGGUGGCGGCCCAUGCCUGAGCGGGUUAGUCGAUGGACAGUGCCAGAAUGAGGCAGCGCACUUCGACAUGAGCGGGACAGCAUUCGGCGCCAUGGCGAAACCUGGCCAAGCUGACCAGCUCCGCGGCGCUGGCCUCAUCCAAAUCCAGUACACCCGCAUUUGUGUCUGUGCAGCGUGA